GUUGGACCAAAAUGACCAUCGGUCAGACCUUGAAAUCACCAGUUAAAGACUCGGGUGGAGUCGGUUUCAUUUGCAGAAAGAACACAAACACAACAAAAUCUAAUCUUACAUCACUUCCGGCGAAUUCUGCUGCGUGGAGCGUACAAAACUCCCAACUACUAGAUCGACUUCUCUUUUUCUCACUCCGCUCCGAUUCCGUUCAACCCCUGCCGCCGGUAGUUUCUUCAACUCCAGUCUCCACUCUCUUCUAUUCUUCGUCCUUUCCGUCACGCUGGAUUUUAUAUAGAGACUGAGUAAACCCCCAAUCGUUGACGGCAACAGGGUUUCCGAAACCCAUUACCCCUCUAUCUAUCUAAUCCACGUUCAAUCCUCCCUCUUUCUAAAAGCAGUUUAAAAAAAUUCACCCACAUUCACUCACUGCCUGUAUCAGGAUUUGCGACGGCGAUGUGGCGGACGGCUAGGGUUUUUUCUUGAGGAAAAUUUCGAAACUGCAUAUUCAAGUACGCCAUGCCUGCCAUGAAGAAGAAGACUGAACCUGGUGAUAUGAGGCAAUUGUUUGAAAGACUGACGAAGGAGAUUGGAGAACCUGUCGAAUUUGAACUUCCUGAUUGGUUGAAUAAAUGGAAACCUACCUAUACCAUCAUAAAGCGCAAUAUAUAUCUAACUAAGAAGGUUAAGAAACGAGUAAGAGUGGAAGAUGAUGGAAUAUUCUGCUCUUGCACCUCAACACCAGGUUCUUCUGCUGCUUGUGGUAGAGAUUGCCACUGUGGGAUGCUAUUGUCAAGCUGUUCAUCAAACUGUAAAUGUGAUGAUUCAUGCCUCAAUAAACCAUUCCACAGACGACCUAUGAAGAAGAUGAAGAUAGUGCAGACUGAAAAAUGUGGGUCAGGGGUUGUUGCUGAGGAAAAUAUCAUGCAAGGAGAGUUUAUUAUUGAAUAUGUGGGAGAAGGUAACGUCUUUGAGUUAAAAUUAUUGAUGACAAAACAUGUGAAGAAAGGCUAUGGAGAAUGAAGAGACAAGGAGAAACAAACUUUUAUUUGUGCGAGAUUAAUCGUGACAUGGUGAUUGAUGCUACAUUCAAAGGAAACCAAUCAAGAUAUAUAAAUCAUAGUUGUUCUCCAAAUACCGAAAUGCAAAAAUGGAUGAUUGAUGGUGAAACAAGAAUCGGGAUUUUUGCAACUCGGGAUAUAAAGAGAGGGGAACAAUUGACCUAUGAUUACCAGUUUGUGCAGUUUGGUGCAGAUCAAGAUUGUCAUUGUGGUGCAAAAGGGUGUAGACUGAAACUGGGAGUCAAACCUAAUAAGUCAAAGUUUACUUCUUCAGAUGCUGCUUUAAAGAUUGUUGCAUGUCAGGUGGCUAUAAAUUCUCCAAAAGUAAAAGCAGUUCUUUAUGGGAAAGAUGUAUGUAUGUCUUUUCUUUAUAUAUAUAUAUAUAUAUAUAUAUAUAUAUAAAGAUCCAACAAUAUGUGUUAUGGUUUUCUAAUCAUUUAAAAAACUAAUUUGAGCUUUUUGUUUGUUCUAAAGGCUUACAAGAAUGGUGUUGGACAACAAGCAUAUUCGAGAAAUGCCAUUGAUGAAAUAAGAAUACCUCAUAAUUGCAUAGGGGAAGUUGUCAGAAUAGUACGCCCUGCUUCAGAGAGGACUUUUGGUAUGAUCAAGCGGUUUGACAUCAAUACAAGAAAACACUUGAUCAUGUUUGAAGAUGGUGUGACUGAGCUUCUUGAUUUGGCGCAAGUUGAUUGGGAGCUUUGUAACUUAGCAAGUUUUUUACAGGGGUAAAACCGUAAAAAUUUAUGGUCAAACCCGCAGUGAGUUUUUUUUUUAGGGUGCAAAUUCUUUAUUAAGAGGUGUUGCUGAAUGUAAAAAAACCUUGGGUCUAUCCUCCUCGUUUAUGUUGUUUGUUGUUUAUUAGUGAUUUUUUGAACUCUUGAACACCAGAAACCGUUUAAUUCUUUGUAAAUUUGAUUGUUUUUGGUUAGCCUAACCUUGGUUUUAUGAUUUUUUAAUUUCUGAUGUUAGUUUUAUUAAUCG